CACAAACAUGAGGGUGACAAAGAUAUUGUUGUUUGUGGCCAUUGAGUUGGUGUCUGGAAAGCACAGAAGAGAUACUUCCUCCUCAGACAUUUCAGCUGAUGAUUUCCUGCUUCAGGGCAUAUCCAAAAGGGAUGUCACAUCUCACGAACAACUCGAUUAUCUUAACAGGAGAGAAGCCGAAGUCAAUACAGACACCACAGCCAUCUCCAAGAGAGAAGUCAAACCAGAAGUCAUUGGCAACAAACCAGCUAGAUUUUCUACCAUUCGCAAGAGAGAAACAAUCCCUAAAUCGAUCAGAGACACAGAAGUUCAAACUUUCAACAAGCGAGAAGCGGAAGCGGAGGCAGAACCAAAGGCAGCUGUCGGCGACUCCUUUGGAAUAGCAGGGACAACCACAGCUCCAGGGUUCGGUCAUGGGUUCCACGCCGGCUCCGGCUUCGCGGCGCAGCCUACCGCCGCUGGCUUUGCGUUUAACCAUGCAGGUGGACAUGCUACUAGUCAUGGCCUCGGUCAGGCUGUAGGACUUACAGCUGCUCAUGCAGGCGGACUUACUGCUGGUCAAGGUUUAGGGCAUGUAGCUAGUCAUCCAGCUGGGUUGGGUGCUGGCCUGGCAUUUGGUCAUGUACAUGAUGAUUUUUCUGGGCAUGCAGCUGGUGUUGGACUUGGUAAUGCAGCUGUGCAUGGGUUUGGGGAUGGAAACGGCCACUUACAUCAUGGUGGAGAUCAUGGGAGUGGAAGGGCAAUAGAUCUUGGAUUUGUUCAACAAGAUGACCACGCUGUGGACCAUGGCGCUAGCCAUUUCGCAGACCAUGCAGUGCCGCACUCAGCGGGGCAUGCUUUACAUCAUGGAGGAAUUCAGGCUCAGCCUCAUGCAGCGUUGCAUUCAGCACCUCAUGCCGUUACUGCAUUGCCUUUUGCAGCAAACCAUGGUGCAUUUCAGACAGUGCCACAUGUAACAAGUAAUACCCCGCACUCUGUAGGCCACGCAGCACCCCACUUUUCAUCUUUCGCAGUUCCUCAUGCGGCAAGCCAUGCACAUGCUCCUGGAUCAGGCUUUGCAGUUAGUCACGUGGGAAGUCAUGGAAUACCCCAAGGAGUUGGGCGCUCGUCAGGCCACACCGUUGGUCGGGACUUCAGUAGUACCUUGGGUCACAGACUUCUACCUGUUUCAAGUCAUCUUGGGUUAGGCACUGCAGGAGGGCACGCUUCCGCUCUGACGCAUGGCGCAGGUCAGCCUGUGGCUCUCGGUGGCGUCCAUGCAGGGUCACAUGGCGACGCUAGCGCAUUUGCACACGGCUUUGGCUCGGCGUUAGCAUUCGGUGAUCCCCACGCACUUACACAUGAUUCCGGACAUGGGUUUGCUUUUGGAGGUGGCCAGGCGCUGACACAUGCUGGAGGCCAUUCGUUAUCACACGGGAGAGGCAAGGCUUUAACACAUGCCGGAAGUCAUGCACUAUCACACGGAAGUGGUAAGGCUUUGACACAUUCUGGAGGGCAUUCGCUAUCACAUGGAGGAAGGCAUGCUUUUUCACAUGGAAGUGGUAAAGCCUUGGGGCAAGCUAGCUUCCAUGGAGUAUCACAUGGAAGUGGCAAAGCUUUAACACAUGCUGGAAGUCAUGCAUUAUCACAUGGAAGUGGUAAGGCUUUGACGCAUGCUGCAGGGCACGCAUUACCACUUGGAAUCGGUCAUGCUUUUUCACAUGGAAGCGGUAAGGCAUUAUCUCAUGGGGCUGGCCACCAUGCCUUAACGCACAGUGAUGUGCAUGCAUUGGGGCAUGCUGAUAACCAUGCCUUCAGUGAUGUUCAUGCACUAGGUCAUACUGAUAGCCAUGCCUUCAGUGAUGUUCAUGCACUAGGACAUGCUGAUAGCCAUGCUUUAACACAUGGUGAUGCUCAAGCGUUUGGACUUACUGGCAGCCAGGGUCUAACACAUGGCGGUGCUCAUGUAUUUGCUCACGAUCCUGGUCAUGUUUUUGCUCAUGAUCCUGGCCAUGCUUUAGCACACGACGCUAACCAUGGAUUUUCACAUGACACUGCGCAUCCACUGACACACGGUCAACAAGCAGGUAUUGCGUCCUGCAGGAAAACCCUCAAUUCCUUCGUCACUGUUGCCUUGGCGUCUCGUAUACCACAGGACAUCUUUUACAGACCCCCGCUCUUUGACUGUAUUGAAAUUAAGCACAACCAGUUAGCACAAUGUCGUGCUUAA